CUUAGCCGAUGGAAAGUCAGGGGGAGAAGGGGAAUGGAUGCAGGGGUGGUGUAGAAAGUUAAAGGAAAGGAAUUACUUUAUCUACUUAACCAGAGUCAAAUGAACUAGUGUAUACAAUUGUUAUGUCUCUGCGUCCAGUAUAAUGGAAGUUAGAUGUAGUUUGGGGUGUUUGACAAAGGGCCAUUGCCAAAAUGAUCAACUAUCAAUUUAUUAAGAAAUGUAAAAAUGAUCUAUUUUGCCUCCUGACUGCAUAUGUUUGUGUGUUGGUGCCUUUUUGUCUGUAUGAAUCUCCCAAAGCAGAGCUGUCUGUAAAGAUGUGUUAGUGUCCUCUCUUGCUGGCUCUGCAUGCAGGAUUCAGGUUGGAUACUCUACCAACCACCCUCACACUCUUGUAAAUGUACAUAAAUGAUUGCAUCAUAACACUAGAAAUGAACUGAGCCAAAGUGCCCUGUUUCUACAUGUUAAGUGUUUGUGCUGAGUUUGAGGCUUUGAGCAUACAAUUCAAAACCUAAAUAUGAAACUUAAGCAUCUUUCACCAAGCAAAUGCUCAUAGCGUCGCGUUCCAGUUUGGACCACUGCCACCGUUGGAGGAGAUAUGCCUAUUGCCCAGACUCACUUGCCGCAUUAUUCAUUGCCAAUUUGUUGACUAUAAAUACGCACAGUGGGCAUCAGGGGAGCCCUGGGGUGGGUGGAUUAAAAACUUUGGUCACGCCUUAAAAGCAGAAAUUGUCCUUGCAUUGAGACGGCAAGGUGGUCUGACCAUAGUGUAGACCUAUAUCAGUAGGUCAGAGGUCGUAGUUGGAGGCCUGAAGAUGCUUUUGUCUCCCAGCCGUUGUAUCAUCCUUCUUCUCCUUAUCAACUCCGUCUAUUCUGGACGAGUUCUGAGGAAGAUUAAGGAGCGCGUGCGUAAAAUUCAGUAUGAAAAAGCGAAGAAGAAUGUGCUGAUGAGCGCAGUCAACGGUCAUAAACCCAUAUGCGAAGUGAGAGACGGGAAAAUUCACCAACCCCUGGACCAUUUCGACAGUCAAAACGAUAAAACCUUUCCUCAGAGGUUUUUAGUGAAUGAAGCCUAUUGGGAGCGUCCUCAUGGCCCAGUGUUCCUGUUCAUCGGAGGGGAGGGCCCCAUCUCUGAGUUCGAUGUGCUGGCAGGCCACCAUGUGGACAUGGCUGAGGAGCACGGGGCCCUGCUUGUGGCCCUGGAGCAUCGUUUCUACGGCGAGAGCAUCAACAAAAACGGCCUGGAGACUGAGAACCUGGGAGACCUGUCCAGCCAGCAGGCUCUCGCCGACAUCGCAGAAUUCCAUCAAUACAUCAGCGAUCGCUUUGACCUCUCCGACAAAAAUACCUGGAUCAGCUUCGGAGGUUCCUAUGCUGGAGCCUUGUCUGCCUGGCUCAGGGGAAAGUUCCCCCACCUGGUCUACGGUGCUGUGGCCUCCUCCGCUCCUGUCAAAGCCAAACUGGACUAUUCCGCCUUCAACAAAGUGGUGGGUCUAAGUCUUGCAGACGAGGACGUUGGAGGUUCAGAUAAGUGUUUGGGGGACAUCUGGGAGGCCUUUGCUGCCGUGGAGGCCGCCCUGUUUGCGGGGAACGCCACUGAGGUUGGGAAGGACUUUGGGUGCUGUGAGACUCCUGAGGAUCUGGAGGACCAGAUUGAGCUGAUGCAGAGCCUGGCUGACAUCAUCAUGGGAACUGUGGCGUACAACGAGGAGGGGGGCAUCCUGACUAUUGAGGAGCUCUGUGACAUCAUGACCAAUGAGACAGAGACCUUCGAUUCGGCGACUGAGGCCUACGACCGGCUGAUCAAACUGGUGCAGAUAGACCGUGCCACUGGCGAGGAGCCCUGUCUGGAUGCGUCCCACAAGCAGACCAUCAAAGACUUGAGUGACACCAAUCUGGACUCUGCCUACAAUGGAGAGAGACAGUGGUACUACCAGACCUGCACCGAGUUCGGCUUCUUCCAGACGUGUGAGGACGCCAGCUGUCCCUUCUCCCGCAUGCUGACCCUGCAGGCUCAGACCGACCUGUGUCCUGAGGUGUUCAACAUCCCCCAGCACAGUCUGCCCGGACACAUCGCCUUCACCAACAAGUACUAUGGAGGAGACCACCCCGACACCGACAGGGUGCUCUAUGUCAAUGGUGACAUUGACCCCUGGCACGAGCUCAGCGUCCUGGAAGAGGACUUGGACAAGGAGGACAAAGACAUGACCAUCCUCAUCGAGGGCACCGCCCACUGUGCCGACAUGAACCCCGAUGGCGUCGCAGACCGCCCCGCCCUGAAACAGGCACGCAAGGCCAUUGAGAGGAAGGUUGCCAAGUGGCUGAAGGAAGCUGCCUGGAAGCUUGUGGGCUGAUGGACCCAACGGCAGGUCACCUGAUCAUCUGACUGUCAUGACCAUCACUCAGCCCAUCAAACUGAUCUGACCUGGUUGUACUGCGGUGACCCCUUCUCCUCUUCUUGUAGCUCCGUGCUCAUAUUACACAUGUACCAUUACUAUAACCACAACUAUGGCCCCUACAGCAAAUCAUUUUAUGUGUGUGUGUGCAUGUGCUUGUUUGUGUGUGGCAAACUUUGGGCAGUGAAUCACAUGGUCCUGUUUCCUGAGCCCAUCUCUUCAUGUUUAUUCCCAUGAUGAUCAUAUGACCAUUGGGUCAGGUCCUCUAAGGUUCUUUUGGUGGUUUUUCUAACGUUUUUCUAGUGUUUUUCUUCAGUUUUUAUAGUGUGCUUGAAUUCACUCCAGUAUAUAAGUUUCAGGGCAGGUGAGGCAGAGCCCCACGUGUUUUGAGCCCCACAUUUUUAGCUAAAAAAUACAAAUAAUAAUUUGUAUUUGUAUUUUUGGGACUUAUAAUUUUUUUUAUUUUGGCAUUAAUACGUGUUAUAUAUCAGUUUGCUAACAUUAUAAAAAAUAUAUAUAAAUUAUUGAGUUAAUAAAGCAGCACACAAACAUGGUCACUAUUUUGUUUUCUUAAGUAAAUGCAGGUGUUUCAGCCUAGCUCAGUGCUUUCUGUGGUGGUGUGGCAAGCCAGAAUAAAAUGCAGAGCGUUG